AUGUCUUCAGCGACUCCAUCGCAAGAUGGCUUGUCCCGCGCGGCGCCCGUUCCCGCCCGCAACCAGAGCACCGCCUCGAUACCUCCGCCGGGCCAAACACUGACGGGCAAGCAAGAGCACUACCUCAAACGCGAGCUCGUCGCCGAGCAAGUCAACUGGGAGAUAUCCGAGCUCAAUUCCCCGACCGCUCUGCGCAGAUUCGGUGCGCCCUUCAAGUCGGAUUUUGGAGAAGUGUCACCACUCGAUUCCGAGCUACCCAUCCUACGAUACAUUUUUGUACAUUUCGUACGCGAGUUUCCCUUCCUCGACAAGGCGAAAGAGAAGGAGUUCUGGCAGGACAAGUUACAAGUGUUCCUCGAGUCCUUCGCGAGUAAGGACAUCUCCGGCUCCGAGGAUCGCUUAGAAGAGACGAAGCGCAGGAAACUUGCUAUAAAAUGUCGCAAGCUCGUGGAGCUCAUGAUGGUGUCCGGCGUGCCAACCGCCUCGGGGUUUGAGGAGCGAAUAAGGUUCGCAGAGAUGGAGAUCGUCGACCGAGAUGCCAUCGACACAGGCAUGAUGAACACCAUACCGGAGGGUAAUUACGUCAACGGCUGGGAUGUCAACGUCGCCGGUGUCCGCAUCACUUCGGAGUUCCUCUUGCGCGUGAAAAGGAAGGGCGAACUCGAGACUUUUGUGAGCAGACGCUACGGUGACUUCGCGCGCCUGUAUAAACAGUUGCGGGCGGAGCUCCCUGGCAAAGUCUUACCACCGUUGCCGAAGAAGAACAAGUCGGAUACUAAUGCUGGAGGCUUGUUUUCGCGUAUGACGGAUGCUGGGGACGAUUCUGAUGGUUCGUCCAUCUCGUCUGUGUCCACAGCCGCGCCAACCCAAGGCAACGGGGGCUUUACAGAAUCGAUGAAGAAUUUGACAGUCCGGGACCAUCGUCGUAAUAAGUCGACAGCGUCGAGUCGUGCGUCACCAAGGCCGUCCGUGGAGGGUCGAUCGAACCCAGUUCCACCCAGUCCUAAAUUCGACAAUAUGGUCCUGUGGCGCGAGGAUCAGCGUAUCUCAUUGAGAGCGUUCCUGCGAUACUUAUUCCACGACCAACAGAUUGCGCAAACCAAGGCACUGCAAGACUUCCUGACACAUGACCCAAUUACCCCGACAGAUGAGGAUGUCGAUGACAUACUUCGUCGCAAGGCUGUAGACGAGAAGCGAAUGGAAGAGCAGAAGGAGUUCUACGAGAUUGCCAGGAGAAGGGCGGCCGACCUCGAUGUUUACAUGGAACAGUUCCGGCAGGACAUCGUCGAGCGAAAUGGAUUGACCAUGCUCUUCCAGGAGAUCAAGGACAAGCCGACCAUCCAAGACUUGAGUCUCCAGUACCAGAAAUUUGCUGAGUGGCUGCGCAUCGAGGUGGCAGCGACCAUCUAUCAUUUAUUCCUCGCCGAGGACAACUCUCCAGAGCUGUUUGCGCAGUUGAAGAGGAUUCAUUCGCUGAUCCCUUACACCAUCAUGAAGAACGUUAUCCGGAUCGCCAACCCUGCUGCUGUCAUGUCUGGAGUGCUUGACCUCUUCUUGGCACAGCCAUUUGGGGCCCGCUCCCUGAUGCAGCGUAUCUUCACCAUGACACUCAACGACGGCAUUCGGAGUUACCAGAAGGCCAUCGAUGGAGUAGCAAGCAAGAUCGGUGACGAUGUAUUUGUGACCAAGCUGAAAAAAUUCAGCGAUGCAGAAGAUAACGUCAAAGCUGCCAUACGGGAAGAAGCAGAAGCUGAUGAUAUGGACAUCGUUGUGGCUAUCUUGAGGUCCGAUUUGAUUUCUCCGGCGCUUAAGCCUGAUCAAAUCGGAAGACUCUACAACGCGUAUGUUGCGUUCAACAAUGCGGUGGAAAACGUGGACGAUGAACUCAAACAAGGUGCACAACUGUUCUCAUAUCUCAAACAGCUGAUGAAGCUACAAACGAGACAACGCGACAAGGUCAUGAUGCUACGUCUCAUCGAGGAGCCGGUUACUCUCAAGCUACUUCGAGACCUCUUCACCAUCUUCUACGAGCCUCUUGUCCGAGUAUACAAGUCGGCCAAUGUGUACAACAGCAUCACAGACUUUGCAGUCUUUAUUGACGACAUGAUUCAGGUGGUGGAGAAGUGUAGAGAACAAGACGCUUCGGCGGAUCCUAACCAGACAGUGCAAGCCUUCAUCGACCUAUGUCAACGACAUGAGCACAAUUUCUACAAGUUCGUCCACGAGGUUCACACGCAUGACAAUGGUCUUUUUACCCAGCUCAUGGGUUGGAUCGAGGGCAUCCUCGAGUUUCUCAGAAAGGGGCCGUCUGGUGGAUCGCUGGACAUCAAUGCCCUCUUCGAAGGCGGUGUUGCUAGUGGCAGUCUGGACAAGGACAAGGCCAUCGAUGAGAUCAACCAACUGAUAGCGUGGCAAGAGGCACGUAAAAAGUGGCAUCAUGACAAGACACGGCAGAAAAUGGCUGCGGAAGGCCAAGCUGGGGUCGAUCCGGCGAUGCCUGGCAUGGCCAGUCUGCAUGCCAGUGAUUUUGGUAUAAACGAUAUGGACCUAGCAGAUCUCAAUUACGAGGAGUCAGAUGAGGAGGCAGAGGCAGAAGAGCAGGAUGAGAUGGACCCCAUAGAGGCGGAAAGACAAAGGCGCGCCAAGAGACAGGACCGGCUCAGGCGCAGCGCUGGCGAACCUACGAAGCCGGCGGUCAGCGAAGUUCAUCAUCUGAAAGACAACUUCGUUUUGAUGUUGCGGCAAGUUUUGGCUCCUUGA